GCUACGCGUGCGCGGUGGGCGGAGCGCGCCUCUACCUCCCUUCCCAGGCUCUCCCAGCCCUGCACGCCGCCGUGUGCCGCUCGCGUCUCAUUGCCCUGUCGCGCAGGGUCGCUGCCGCUGCGGCGUGGGCGUCCGGCUUUCGGGUCGUCAUGGCUGGCUACGAAUACGUGAGCCCGGAGCAGCUGGCGGGCUUUGACAAGUACAAGUACAGUGCUUUGGAUACCAACCCACUCUCUCUGUAUAUCAUGCAUCCAUUUUGGAACACUAUAGUGAAGGUAUUUCCUACUUGGCUGGCUCCCAAUCUUAUAACCUUUUCUGGCUUUAUGCUGGUUGUAUUCAACUUUCUGCUUCUGACAUACUUCGAUCCUGACUUUUAUGCUUCAGCACCAGGUCACAAGCAUGUUCCUGAUUGGGUGUGGAUUGUCGUGGGCAUCCUCAACUUUGUUGCCUACACUCUAGAUGGAGUAGACGGAAAACAAGCACGUAGAACCAAUUCCAGCACCCCGUUAGGGGAGCUGUUUGACCAUGGCCUGGAUAGUUGGUCAUGUGUUUACUUUGUUGUGACGGUGUACUCCAUCUUUGGUCGAGGACCAACUGGCGUCAGUGUGUUUGUUCUUUAUCUCCUGUUAUGGGUAGUUUUGUUUUCUUUUAUCCUGUCUCACUGGGAGAAGUAUAACACAGGCAUUCUUUUCCUGCCAUGGGGAUAUGAUAUUAGCCAAGUGACUAUUUCUUUUGUCUACAUAGUGACUGCGGUUGUGGGAGUUGAGGCCUGGUAUGAACCUUUCCUGUUUAAUUUCUUAUAUAGAGACCUAUUCACUGCAAUGAUUAUUGGCUGUGCACUAUGUGUGACUCUUCCAAUGAGUUUAUUAAACUUUUUUAGAAGUUAUAAAAGCAACACCCUGAAGCACAAUUCCGUUUAUGAAGCCAUGGUCCCCUUCUUCUCUCCGUGUUUGCUCUUCACUUUGUCUACAGUGUGGAUCCUUCAGUCGCCCUCAGACAUUUUAGAAAUACACCCUAGAAUAUUCUACUUCAUGGUUGGAACAGCUUUUGCCAAUAUCACAUGUCAGCUAAUCGUUUGCCAAAUGAGCAGCACACGGUGCCCGACUUUGAACUGGCUGCUGCUUCCUCUCUUCUUGAUUGUGGCAACCGUGAUCGUAGGCGCCGUGUCCUCCCACGUUGAGAGUGUUCUUCUCUACACGCUCACAGCCGCCUUCACUCUGGCUCACAUCCACUAUGGAGUACAAGUGGUGAAGCAGCUGAGCAACCAUUUUCAGAUUUACCCUUUCUCAUUGAGGAAACCAAACUCAGAUUGACUAGGAAUGGAAGAAAAGAGCAUUGGCCUGUAACCUUCAGGAAGUACUGUAAAUAGAUGCUUGUAAAUACUUCAUCCAUCACCAUUGAACUAAACUGAUCUGCUUGACAGACAUGGGACCUCAGUGUGUGGUAUGUGGACAGCAGGAAUGAAACAUUAUCUGAGCUUGUGGAAUUGUGGACUUUCUAACUCCCAACUUUAUUAUUAUUAUUAUUUUUUAUGAAACCAUGAGACAUUUGGUUAAGCACAGUGCACAUUAAACCAGCUAAAUGUUCCUAGCUUCAUGAAUGAGUCCAUGAUAUUUUGACUCAUGUAGAGUUGAAGGUGAUUUAUGUUUAAAGUCCCCAAAUUGAUACACAACACUAGUAACAUUCAGGUAGCCACAGCAUGUCUUAAUAUUUGAUACUUUAUAAUAGGUUGUUAGCUGUGGGAAUGAUAGACAGCCCAAAUCUAAUAUAGAGGUGUCAAAAAAAAAAGUCUCUUCAGCCAGAGAUGCCAGUGACUCCAGAACAGUGCAGUUGCCAAAUUCUGGUUGCUUUUCAGUGAACGGCCUUUUCCACCUGCUGUGGGAGGUUGUCUAGUAUCCUGGCUCUUAUUAUGGCUAAAUCCCGAUAAAUGGCUUAAUUUUUCUUUAGAGAGAAGUGUUCUGUUGAUAUUAUUAUAGAAUGGGUUAUAAUUAUGGCUUAUCAUUGUAGCACGGCAUUGUUUAAUUGUGACGUUUCCUCCUGUCAGCCGUGCGUUGCUGCGAUUGCUUGAGCAGUGAUUUUUAAGAAGGCAUGGGAUAAGUACCAAUCUGCGGUACUUCCUUGUGAGAGGAAACGCAAACUGGAGUUAGAAAUCUCAGAACUUCACGGUGACCACGGUUAGCAUCCUGACACUGUCUGUCUGUCAGUCUUUGCUUGCUUUCAUUCUCUCCUGGGGGUUGAGGUGCUAUGGUUUUUAAUCUCACAACAGGAUAAAGCAGAGAGAUAGCCUCUCUCCCCUAACUUGCCCACCUUUCAAUUUAAAGAAAACUUUAUGCCUUACUGAUUAUUUACUUCCUUAAUAUGACUCAAAAUAAUUUUUGAGGUUUACUGACAACAUAAAAAAUCCCUUCAGCUGUAUUGUGGUUAUUUUGUAAAUCACACCUUAUUAUGAAUGUGGAUCUUUCUUUGGGCUUUAUCUUUAUUUAGUUUGGUGGUGGUGAGUUUUACUUGCUUAUUUUAUUUUCCACUGAAUGAGGUUUGUGCUUAAAUGAAGAGUGUGUCUUAAACCCUUUUCUUUGGACAGGUUGCACUUGGAUAAAAUAGGCACCACUGUGUUGAUAUGUAAUUAAAUUCAUAACUGUUAUUUAUCUGUGAAUGUGACCAUCCUUAAAUAUUUUAGCUCAUUCCUUUUUUGAAUAUCUCUCUGCUGCUUUGUAAAAAAAAAAAUAAUAAUAAUAAUAACUAAUUGAUACUUCCCGUAAACACUUUUUAAAUUCUAAUCAUUGUCAUCCAGCUGUUGAAAAUGAGUCCAGGAUUUAACUCACAGUUCUGUGCUCAGUUUUCAUUGUUUGUAGGGCUUACGUGUAUUUGGGGACAUUCUGUGACACAGAAAAUGAAAGAAAAAAUUGAUGAGAAAUUGAUGUGGGAAAUGGGUACUGAUUCUGUGUCUGUCAAUAAAUUGCCAUCAUGGAGGUCAGAAAAUGAGCCAGGUGUGUGAGGAGAGCUGCUCUGUGUACCUGCGCUCUGUAGAACAGAAUUGGGUAACUUUGUUAUAAGGUUUUUGGCUAAUCAUUUUACUGUUUUCUUGACCUUGUACACAAGAAUAUUUAUUUGUAUAAGGGAAUAUAACUGAUAAAUAUUUAUAAAAUAAUGAAUCUGGGCCACAGGCUUUCUUCACCUUGUACAGUAGAUUGAAGAAUCAUGUCCUAGAAUUUUGAGGCUCUUUCUUCUUCUUCUUCUUCUUCUUCUUCUUCUUCUUCUUCUUCUUCUUCUUCUUCUUCUUCUUCUUCUUCUUCUUCUUCUUCUUCUUCAAAAUGUGUUUGUCUUCUUUGUUGCAUCAAGUGGAUUUGAAAAUGUUUUGUGCCUUUUGUUCUAGAUUUUUUAAACAUGUCUCUGUGAUGGUAAAGAAUUCUGUUAAUAGUUUUGUUGACACUGUCUAAUGGAAGAGGAGUAAAAGGUACUGCAAGCUGAUGUA